UUAAGGACUCAUAUUUCAGUAAAGUAUCUCACAUAGAAGGUUUUAAGGAAUCAGAACAAUGUACGACGUGCAGAAUAAGACUGUAAUGAUCACUGGAGCAGCUAACGGAUUAGGUUACAAAUAUGCCGAGAUAUUAUUACGUAAUGGUGCAAGAUGUGUUGCCGUGGUGGACCUGCCAACAUCGAAUGGCCAGAAUGCGACAGCUACUUUGGAGAAUGAAUUUGGGAAGGGUCGUGCUGUCUUCCUUGCUUGCGACGUGACGAAGCCUGACGAUUUAGAGAAGACGUUCAAGAAGAUCGUCGAUGCAUUUAAAGGGCUCGAUAUUCUUAUUAACAAUGCUGGUAUGUUGAACGAUAAAUAUUUGGACGAAACGAUCGAUCUCAAUGUCAAGGCUCUAAUUCGCGGUUCUAUGUUGGCCCUCGAUUAUAUGGGGAAGCAUAAAGGUGGCAAAGGCGGUGUAAUCGUGAAUAUUGCAUCCAUACUUGGGUUGCAUCCAGAUCAAUUGUUGCCAAUAUAUAGCGCUUCGAAAUUUGCUGUCCUGGGAUUUAGCCAAUCUCUGGCAAGCAUGUAUGACAAGACCGAAGUGCGAGUAAUUAUCAUGUGCCCAGGCGUUACAGCAACUGCAAUGCCCACAAAUGUCAAGGAUAAGAUCUGUGACUAUAUUAUUCACGCUGCGAACAACAUUGCAGAUGAUUUUAAGAAUUAUCCGAUCCAAACAACCGACAAUGUAGCACUGGCGAUGUUAGAUCUUAUUCAGAAGGGUGAAAACGGAGCAGCUUGGGUCUCUGAAGGUGGUCAACCACCAUAUGCCGUGGACUUCCCUCAUUAUUCUAAACGGUCUUUGCCAGUAUAAGUUGAUAUUUUAUAUGUUAUGAAUCUUUUUUUGGGUACUACUUCUACGGAAUUACUAUGAAUAAAAAAAAAAUAAAAGUCUGAUCAAAUAACAAUUAAUUCUGCGUUUGACACUAUGUCAAUUUCAAAAUAAACAACCUUAUUAUAACUGAAUUGAUAACAUUUAC